CCACGUGUUCUAGUCUCCUAAACCGCGGCGCCUGCCUGACGAAAGCUCGUAGCCUCCCGCGUGCUGCGGAGACCCAGACCGAGACUGAGACUCCGAACCCAGAUCCCGAGCUCGGCUUCGCAGCCACGGAGCCUUGAGAGAAGCGCGUGAUCCUGCAGGUGACAGAUCCACAUAUCAAAAACAAUAUGGCUGCACAAAUAUCAGAAACUGAUCAAAUUAAACAGUUUAAAGAAUUUCUUGGAACUUACAAUAAACUCACAGAAACCUGUUUUCUGGAUUGUGUUAAAGACUUCACAACAAGAGAGGUCAAACCUGAAGAGUCUACCUGCUCAGAACACUGCCUACAAAAAUAUUUAAAAAUGACACAAAGAAUAUCCUUGAGAUUUCAAGAGUAUCAUAUUCAACAGAAUGAAGCUUUGGCUGCCAAAGCAGGACUCCUUGGCCAACCACGAUAGAAAAGUGUUAAUGGAUGGACCUUUCCUUAAAGCAUUGCCAACAGUUGUUUCAUUGGAAAUGGGAGUUCUUUUGAUCUUAAACUGUUGUGGAUAUUUUCACCAGCUGAUUGUGAGCAUUUUGCAAGUGGAAACCACUGGAGAAACAAAUGUGCUUCUUACCUGGAAUCAGCAAAGUACAGGAUCUUGUCUUAUUGUGCAGUGAAAAUAUUAAGAUGCAGUCUGUGUUGGGGCCUUAGAAUUCAACAGCCUGGCCACUUGAUUAGAAAAAUAAACCAUUGUUUCUUCAA